CAUUUUUUAUGCAUAUCAUAAUACAGGAGUUAUUUGCUUAACAAAAAAAUUGCCCAUGGCCAGGCUGUCUUACUGUGGUGUGCUACCUGGAUGUGGAGAAAAUAAACUUUGUUAGCGCAUGCAUUCAAUAUCAAUGAAUGAAAAUGAAAUCGUUCAGCUUGUUUUAUUCAAUAUGGGUAUAGAAAGAAGAAGAGCGCACCCUAUACAUCUCCAUGGUUAUUCGUACUACGUUGUCAUGAUGGGGUAUUCAACUUAUAACAAUGUGACAGGUGAAUUCAUCUCACAAAACGAGGACAUUAACUAUCGUGGUGUUGGUGGCCUAAACCAAAGCUUCUGUAAUAAGGCUACGUGGAGCGAUCCAAGCUGGCUAGGAGGUAAUGUACCGGGUAUAGAGCUUCAAUAUGCACCGCGGAAGUAUACACUUUUGAUCCCUUGCGAAUCAUAUGCGGUGAUACGAAUAAAGGCCGGUUACUGGGGCGUGUGGCUGAUGCAUUGUCAAAUAGCUCCUCACUUUCAGGAUGGCAUGGGGUUAGUUUUGAAUGAUUCCUUCGCGUUGCAAUCAAAGUCAUCUCCGCCAAUCGGGUUUUCUCAGUGCAUGAGUUUUCCAUCUGCGUAUGAAACGAGGAAGGAUGGUGAAAUAGAAGAAAGGAAAGAUGCCGUAGUUGAUGAAGACCAGACAUCUGAAAACAACGUGUACAAAGUGGCCUUCUGGGUGAUGUUACCUGUGAUGAUGGUGCUGCUUCUGCUCAUAAUUGCCUACAUCGUAUAUCUUCGCAAACAAAACCUGACAAUCAUACAGGGAUCAGAUGCUGGAACGGAAAUGACAGUCAGGUUAUAAGUCAACCUUUUUUUUUUUAUCAUGGCGUCCAUUUUGUUUUUCUUGCAUUGUCAUUCCAAGAAUUGCCCGAUGCAAUUCUAACAGCAACUGAAACUAUUUGUGUGUUAAUAGACGUACGUAUUGACAAAUGAAUAAUUGUAAAACAAUACAGAAUGAUAGGGUGUGUUACCAAAAUCCAAAUUACUGUUCAAGAAAGAGACAAAAUCAGAGUAUUUUCGACUAAAUGUUCGUUCCUCCUAAUGUUAUAGAAAGGUGUUCAGGAGGAAAGCAUGACAGCAAGGGGUCUUGAAGGUGUUUGUUUUGGUGACAUUCCUGAUAUAUAACAUAAGUCACGUUUGUGGUAAUAGUUUAAGGCUUCAUUGUAUUUGUCUAACCUUUUCCGGUGAAUUAAUGUCUGUAACACUACUAGGUGCAUUCAUUUAUAUAUAUUAAAACUGAUGUAUAUUCUUCUAGUUUGAGUUUGAUUUUCCUAAAGUGAACUCAAGUUAUUGGACGGAAACCAUUGUGCGGACGACGCCGACACCGACGCCGACAUAGUAAUAUCUAUAUGUCACCUUUUCAAGGCGACACAAAAAUGAUGUUAGAACACCUUUUGACCCGUCCACAUUCGGUAAGAACGCUAACGCGGACACAUGGCUUAAGUGUAUUAUUAAAAUGGGUACCGGAUUGAGCACAUUUCUGUUGUCCCCAUUUUUGCAUUCUUACAGAAAGUGGACGCGUUGAAUAGGUCCUGUGAAACAGCCACCUUAGGCGAUCAUCGCUAAAUUUCGCUAACACAAAUUCUUUGGGAACUCUCGGAUGAAUCAAAAUGUCGCAUAUUUCUCGAUGAGUUCAGGAGGGACCGGAAAUAGUUUUUCCUCAAAAACGCUAACAAUACACAACACAAUGAUAUCUCCUUCCGCGAAGUAUUUGUUUGUGAUUAAAUAAUAUGAUUUACGCUUUUAUAUGUUUGAGGACAUUUGUUUAAGAUAAAUAGAUUAUAGAAAAACAUACACAAUGACCUGUUUUAUCCCUGAGUAUUCCGAAAUAUUUUCUGUACAAAUUAUUACGCUUGCUUCCUGAUUUGUGCGAGGGGAGGUAACUCGUAUACUAUCUAGUUGAUGCGACAUUGGAAUGUCAGUUCGAGGUCUUGGGUUGAUAAAAAUGGCCCUCAUCCGUCGAAAAUUGUUUUUAGUCUCGCAUUUUCCAAUUUGCAACCGAUAAGUGAAAUACCAAAUUGCUUUUAUAUUUGAUACUUGAAAAGAAAGUAGAAUACUUCUGAUGUUUCCAUGGCGAUAAAGUGGUUGCAUGUUUUAAAUCAGUCGAUGGUGAAAUGCUUGUACAAAAUAUAUGAAACAUGAACGUUUGAUUCAACAAGUCACAGGAACAGAUAAGGUUAGCCUAUUCAUCGGAAACAAAUUAAAACUUCCGAGACGAGUUUCUUCACGAAAGUUGUCAAAUAUCUAAUCGUCAUACUGAUCAGUUAAUGCACAGAGAGAGAAAAAACUCUUAAUUUGAGUACAAUCUAAACACCAAAAUAUAAUGGGAGAAUAAAUCACAGUUAUGUUAUAAAUAGGGAAUCGCGAUGUGGUUUAUCAAGAAACAUGACUGACAUCACGGAUCAAUCCAUCUAAGAAUUAAACUAAAUUAUUGUAUGCCAAUUCAAGUGAGGUUUAAAAACAUAAUUCUUCACCGUUCAUCACAUCUUUAACGCAACUUCAGCGUUUUUAAAGUAAAUUAAAUUCCUUAAAAUGACAAAGGAUAAUCAUCAAUAAAACAAUUAGGAAUGCAUUUUUUUAA